AUGCCUGUGUUUCAUACAAAAACAAUUGAAAGUAUUUUAGAACCCGUAGCACAACAGGUUUCUCGAUUAGUUAUUUUACAUGAAGAAGCCGAAGAUGGGAAUCUUAUGCCAGAUCUUUCUCGGCCAGUUCAGGCCGUUAAAAUUGCUGUUGAUAAUUUGAUUAAAGUCGGCAACGAAACAUGUUCAGUUAGUAAUGAUGAUUUAUUACGUAAAGAUCUUCCAGUCGCUUUGCGACGUGUAGAACAAUCGUCUAUGUUUUUAAUUGAUGCAGCCAGUUUAUUGAAACAAGAUCCAUACUCAGUAGAAGGACGAAAAAUGUUAAUUGAAGGAGCCAGGGCCUCAAAAGUUCAAGCAAUCGUACCCUUCAUUAAAAAAUCCCGGAUCCGCCACUGUAUUUUACAAGGUGUUUCGGCACUUUUACUAGCAUUCGAUGAAUCAGAAGUGCGAAAAAUUAUAGAAAUUUGUCGUGAUGUAUUAGAACAGUUGGCUCUUGUAGAAUCAGUUGAACUUAUAGAACAACUUGUUGCAUUUGUAAAGAACUUAUCUCCAAUAUUAUCACGGAUGACAAAAGAAGUUGAUUUACGCGAAAAAGAGUUGACACAUCAAAUUCAUCGACAACUCUUAUCAAGACUUUUGGAACAAGUAAAAAAUUUAACGCCAGCUUUAAUAUCCGGUAUGAAAGUUUAUAUAACAGCAAAAAUGACGGGUGGACAUACGAUAGUUGAAAGUCAAGAAAAUCGUGAUUUUAUUAUUGGAAAAUUAUCAGACGAAAUACAUGAAAUAAUUCGAAUUUUACAAUUAACAGCAUUUGAUGAUGAAGAAACAUGGGAGCAAGAUGAACAACAACCAUUGAAAAAAAUUUUAAAAAAUAUUGGCAAUCGUUUAUAUCAAGCUAAAAUGUGGUUAUCAAAAUCAAAUGCAUUAGCGGGUACCAUGGGUGAAAAAUCAUUGAAUUUAAUAUUAGAUGAAAUCCGUACACAUAUCAUGGAUAAUUGUCUCGAUCAGAAAUAUACCGAUUUGUUGUUACAGAAAGCGGAUGCUAUAUCGCAAAUGCUCGGGAGAUUGCUACAUUUAAGAGGACAAGAAAAAGGCGAUAUGUCAGAAGCGAUGAGUUUAUCUCGGAAUAUGUCAAAUCAGUUAGAUGAUUUAUAUCAAUCUCUUGAUACAAUCAUAGCAUCAAUCAAAGACAAGUCCGACUAUCAACGACCCGCAGUAACAGCUGUGGCUAAAGUUGAUCAAGCUCUACGGUGGCUAGCUAAUCCGCAUUUAGAUCAUAAUGGUCAUGGUGAAUUAGCAAUUCGUGGUCUUAUUAAAAUGGCUCAUCAAGUUGUUGAAAUUUGUGAACAAUCAUAUCGAAAAGAUCUGCUUCAAUGCUGUUGUGAUAUAGAGAAUUUACUAUCAAAAUACAAUGAUUUAUUACGUCGACGAAUAUCUUACUCUGCACCUGAACGUAUUACCAUAGCAAGAAAUUUGUCCGAGCAAGUCACCGUUCUUCAGCAACGAUUACAAGAAGCAGUUAUUUAUCAAGCAGCUGAUGAUUUUAUUGAUACAACGUCGACGAUCAAACAAUUGAAAGAAACAGCACUAACACCAUUCCAUUUACCAAAUCGCAACGAAAUAUUUCACGAGGCUGUCCGAUGUUUUACCGAUCAUUCAUCUAGUUUGAUAUUUACCGCAAGAUUGGCUGCUAAUGCAGCAGGAUGUCGUUCAAAAGGGAUUAUUGAAUCGAUUAACGUUUUGACUUCUCAAAUAAAUGAUUUGUCACCGCAAGUUGUUUAUGCUGCUCGUAUCGUUUUUGGUGAUCCAUCAAAUCCAUCAACUAUUGAACACUUUAAUUUAAUACGAGAUCAAUGGAUUGCACAAAUGGAACAUCUACGUCAACAAGUUGAUGAAGCUAUUCCAUCGCAUGAAUUCGUUAAAGCAUGUGAAGAAGCUAUUAUUCAUGAUACACAACAAACAGAAAAGGCUACUGCAGAUUUAAAUGGAUCAAUCAUUGUUGAUAGUACAUCGAAUAUUGUUCGACGAGCCAAUCGUGUACUAUUAGUAGCUCAACAAGAAAAAGAAAAUUCGGAAGAUAAUAUUUUUGUGUCAAAAUUAAUGCAGGCAUCCACUGCACUUAAAAAUACAAUAUCACCAAUGAUUCGAGAAGCCAAACAAUUAGCUAUGAAUCCCAACAAUAAUAUUGCUCAUUCCAGAUGGCAACAAACAAACAAUGAGCUGAUCGAUGCUGUAGGCAAUGUACGUGAUAGUUUAGCUCCAAAUAUUCAAAACAAUCAGUCACCGCCAAGAUAUCCAUUACCAGAUCUAUCAAACUUAUCAUUAGAUUCUGAUAAUACUCCACCACGACCGCCUCCUCCAACGAUAGGGUUUGUUCCAAGAAGACCUCCAUCUCCAGUUCAAAAUGGAACAGACGACGAUACCGAUAAUGAACUACCCAUUCCACAAUCAAAUCAACCUAUGUUGACGGCGGCUUACGAUUUACAUAUGAAUAUUCGCCAUUUUUCAAGUCGAGAUAAUGAAAUUAUUUCGGCAGCGAAAAAAAUGGCACAUCUAGUCGCUCAACUUUCUCUUCUUGUACGAGGUGAACAGGGAAAUAAACGUGAUUUGAUAUCAACAGCCAAAGAAUUAGCUGAUAUGUCAGAAAACAUAACCCAUUUAGCUCGAAAACUGGCAUCGGAAUGCACCGAUAAAAGAAUGAGAAAUAAUUUAUAUCAAGUUAGUGAUCGUAUUCCAACUAUUGGAACACAAUUAAAGAUUUUGUCGACAGUGAAAGCAACAAUGUUAGGUGUUCAAGGUAAGCUGUUAAAUAUAUUUUAUAGUUUAUCGAACCAGAAAACUUUUUUAUACUUAACUUUUCUUUAACUUUUUUCUCGUAAUCUAAAACAGUGUGAGAACGUAUCAUAGCAGAGCUGAAGUUGUGAGAAACUUAUGUUCGAUUUUUCUCUUUAGCUAAUUCAAAUAAGACAUUUAGUUUGUUAAUUUUAUUUAGAAACAUUGCCUGUUAGCUUGGACGGCAGCGAAUAUGUUACCAGUAAGAUAGAAAAAAUUGGAAUGAUUAUGUUAUUUUUGCAGUUCAUUUUUUAUGUCUGACAUAUACAUCAUGCAUCUACAAAACCUUUUAUGUUCGCUUCUCAGCAUGUUUUUCGUAUAUCGCUACCUGAUUUCACUUGAAUCCAUAAUUUUUUGAAUGACAAUCGAUCAUAUCUGUUGUUUUUGACAUUUGACAAAAUUCAACUGUGACAAAAGGCUAAAUUGUUGAAUGAAAGAUGUACUAGUGGAUAAGAAAAGCAGAAGAUUAUGUACUUUCUGGAAGUCAAAUUAAGUUGUUUCGUUUUUUUUAAUGUUUUACCUUCGAACUAUAACUUCGUUUUCAAAAUACAAUAUCUCUGGAUAUUUUCAGAAUAAUUUUCGACAGAAAAACAGAUAGAAACUUGCGGUUUUCACCAUUAUGUAGCCAAAACUUUAAGACAUAAAAAGAUAAGAAAAAUUCCAGACCCGGACACCACCUGUAGAUGAUGUACCACAUUGAUCUUUGAAAGAUAAGGUUGCUAGUGUACCAAAAAAAGAUGAUUUUCAAAUGCCGAGUAAUUGAUUCGAUCCUUCUUAUCAUCCUCUACAAUUCUACACAAGUCCUAA